UAGCUCCUCAUCAAACAGCGUCCGGGCUCGCGACUGCAACAAGCGACACCGUGAAAGGAAUCGCGGAUAUAUAUUCUGUAAUUUCAUUUGGGGUUAUCAUGCAGGAUAACAGGAAUGGGAAGAUUCCAUUCCCUCCACCCAUCAGCAGAGACAGGGUCAUCUGGGAAUUUCCAAAGUGCUACACACGUAACGCGGCUCUGCAGCUGAAGAAAGACUGGGACAUUCAGGCUAAAGCAGCCUGUAAAGACGGAGCCACCAGUCGUCAGCCAUGGGACCGCCAGAAAAUGUCAAAAGUGGUGGUUGUUGGAGACCUGAAUGUGGGGAAGACCUGCCUCAUUAAUAGGUUCUGUAAGGAUGUAUUUGAAAGAGACUACAAGGCCACCAUAGGUGUUGACUUUGAGAUUGAGAGGUUUGAGAUAUCCGGAGUGCCUUUCUCCCUUCAGAUCUGGGAUACUGCUGGGCAGGAAAAAUUCAAGUGCAUCGCUACUGCAUACUACAGAGGAGCUCAGGUCAUUAUCACAGUCUUUGACAUGGCAGACAUUAAGUCCCUCGAUCAUACAAGCCAAUGGUUGGAGGAGGCCAUGAGAGAAAAUGAACCUGACUCCUGUUUCAUCUUCUUGGUUGGCACUAAGAGUGACCUAAUGCCUUUAGAAGAAAGACAGCGAACAGAAAAAGAUGCCAUCAGGAUAGCAACAGAAAUGCAUGCAGAGUUUUGGGCUGUUUCGUCUAAAACAGGGGAGAACGUGCAGGGUUUUUUCUUCAGGGUGGCAGCCUUGGCCUUUGAGAAGUGCAUGCUGAAGGACAUGGAGAAUGGAGCCCCUGGUAGCAUCGGAUGUGGAAAUAGUAUCAAAUCAGAUCGGGCCAACCUGGAGGAGGCGGCGCAGCAAGACACAAAGAGAAGCUGCUGCUGAUGUUCCAUUUAAAUCUUUUAAACUGCCAUAUAUUCUGAUUGCAAAAGGUUCAACCGGUAUGAGCUCCUGGAAGCCGAUUGUUAUUGAUUGAAAGGGUCACUGUUUGCUGAAACUAAAUUAAAUGAAUUUGACAUUUGUUAUGGGAUAGUUGUCAGUAUUUCAUCCAGAAUGUUCUAACAUAAAACAUUAAAGAAGGCUAAUAACAAAUCAAAUCAGCGUCUCAAAUUAAUCGUUUUAGUUUACGGUCUUCCCAUGUAGUAUUGGUUUUUUUUUUGCUUGAGAAUUUCUUUGCUACUGUCAUAGUGUUGUUUUUUUUAUACAGUAUUGUGGUGGAAUAUGUGUCACCUCUUACUGUGGGUGAUAAAGGUUUAUUUAAAGUGUGUUUACUUUUAUCUAAUGAAAGUGUAAACAGUAUUUUUGUCAACUAAUAAAGUGGUUUAU